AUGAGGCGCAGUGCGCCCAUCCUGUGGUGUCUUCCUGCGGAGGCUGCAGAUGCUUGCAUUGACGCGGCGCGGGGUAAGCGGGGGCGCAAGCAAAGAACCAAGCAGCUCCCACGGGACACGGGGCUGCCGCGCGCCGCUCUCGCCCCGCGCGCGCUGAUUGGAUGGGACGGGGCGGCUCGUGCCGCCGCAGCUGUUGCGCCAUCGCUCGCGCCGCCGCCCGCCGUUUCCAUAGAUGCGGGCGCGCGCGGGAUGGCUGCGGCUGCUUCUCCUUCCCGCUCGCUGCCGUUCCGCAGCUAUGAGGAGUACCUGGAGUCGCGGGUGACGGCGCGGGACCGGCACUAUCUGAAGAGCGAGGAGGUGGGGGGGGUACUGGUGGAGCUGGGCUUCCGCGGCUCCGGGGACGUGCCGCGGCGGGAGGAGGAGUUCGAGGCCCGCGCGGCGGCGGCGGCCGGGCUGGCGGCGGCGCCCCUCCAGAAGUCAGUAGCAAGCGUGGGAAAAGAACUGAAGGAUAACUUUUCGCGGGCUCUGGCAGAGAGAGGGGAAGCCGAUCGUACCGGAAAAGUUUCUGUGAGUACCUCCGUCGCAGAGGAUGUGGAAACGAGCGGGCGGGAGCCGCCGCCGCGUUAA